GUUAGAAAGUGUGCGGCAAGUUACCCAUGUAAAACAAGCGACCAAUUGCAAGAUCUAUUUGUGAGAUAUAUUUGUGAUAUACUGCUCUUUCAGCAACUACGGCAACCUCCUUGCCAUCACAUCAUUGAAUAGAAUAUGCUAAUAACUUAUCCUAAAUUCUACAUCUUUAUAUCACACAGUACCCCACCUUCCUACCGCCUUGCGAGCCACUGAAAAGAAGACUCGGGAAGACGCACAAGGCCCCACCCGAUCAACCUGAUACUUUCCUCAUUCAUGCGUGUUAAAGCAACACACCAAACCCAAUCUCAUCACCAUUCGUCCAUAUCGGCACUACGGCACGGGGCUGGUUUACACGACUAAACUUCCAACAUUUAUCCUAUUAUCCGCUAGAUCACGACUAGAAGUUUCUUGGAUUCCUCAGUUCUCGGCAUCAGCCUCCUUCAGGGGCGGAUCUCCAACGUCAUCCUUCCCUAUUGGCGUGUUUCAGGGGAGUUGGGGUAGCUGACGUAUAUAGAUUGCACCCCCUCCACCCCGCAUAUUAAAUAGAGGCAGUCCGGUAGUGAUGAUCGGCACUGGUCACGCCCGAUGCAACAUAAACGGACUACCGGCAGACAAUGGAUAAAUCGAGUCCUCUUUACUUCGUGGGGAGCCAGCCCCGGCAAGGGUAGAUUAGGCCUCAUGCCUUUUAGGCAAUUGAGCCAGCUUGAAUGGAGACAAUCGUGAUGCAGCAAGAUGUAUAUAAGGAAAGGAAAGCCCGCUCAAUUGAGGGAGGCAUCACCAACAGCAUCCUCUAGCAAACCAACACUACCAAGCAAUUAGAAUCUUCAAAAUGGUCUCCUUCUCCUCCCUCAUUCUUGCCUCCUCGGCCGUCGCUGGAGUCAUCUCCUCGGUCAUCCCGGACAAGCGCAGCGGCCUACCUAUGACUGCCCGCAGCACGCCAAGCUCCACCGGAACCCAUGAUGGCUUCUAUUAUUCCUUCUGGACCGAUGGCGCCGGCGAUGUGACCUACACCAACAAGGCUGGUGGUGAAUACAGUGUCACCUGGUCAGGCAAUGCCGGCAACUUUGUCGGUGGAAAGGGAUGGAACCCAGGAAGCGCAAGGACCAUCAGCUACUCCGGAAGCUUCAACCCUAACGGCAACGGUUAUCUCUCCGUCUACGGCUGGACCAAGAGCCCCCUGAUCGAGUACUACAUCGUCGAGAGCUACGGCUCAUACGACCCCUCCUCCGCCGCAACCUUGAAGGGCACGGUCACCACCGACGGUGGAACCUACGACAUCCUUGAGACAACCCGCACCAACCAGCCAUCCAUUGAAGGUACCUCUACCUUCCAGCAGUACUGGUCCGUCCGCCAGAGCCACCGCACCAGCGGUAGCGUGAACACCGCUGCUCACUUCAAUGCAUGGGCUGCGCUCGGCAUGAACCUGGGUUCGCACGACUACCAGAUUGUUGCCAGUGAGGGUUACCAGAGCAGCGGAUCUGCUGACAUCACUGUUAGCUAGAGUGUCUAUGAGCAUGCCACAGGGUAGCUGGUGGAAUGGCAUCACUGAUUGCCCUUGAGUGUCGGGUGACGAAACAUGGGCGGGAUGAAUGGGGCUAUCUUCUUGUAGUUAACUUUGAACCGUAC